AUGAAGUGCUUCAGCGUUUUGGUUGUUUUGGUGUUCGCUUGUGCUUAUGUGAAGGCACAAACAUCUCCUACUGCAUCUGCUUCCGCAUCUGGAUCGGCAACUACAUCACCUUCUGCUUCUAACUCAGCAUCGUCAUCACCUUCUGCGUCAGCAACAUCAUCAACAUCACCUUCCAGGAGAAGAGUUUAUGUAAGUAAUCUAAGUUUUACUGCAGUUCGACGGCUUCGACGAAACACAACCGCUAGCAGCAGUACAAGCCGUAGGCGAGCGCUUAGUAGCAGACGUAAUCGCAACCGCAAUCGUAACACCAAUCGCAGUCGUAGAGCCCUUUUGAAAAAGAGAUCUCAAGCCGCUAAAAUGAGGAGAGGUUAA